UUUAUCUGCUGAGUUCCUUGGGUAACACGUGUUUAAAUAACACAUUUUACUGCACCUCUUUCAGAGCGAGAUGGACAGGAGGAUGCCGGGAGGAGAUGUUGACAACGGUGGGAUAUCGGAGCUCAGAAUCAUCCUCGUUGGCAAAACCGGUGCUGGGAAAAGUGCCACGGGAAACACCAUCCUUGGCGAACGAACAUUUGAGUCCAAACUCCGGGCGACACCAGUGACUCUGACUUGUGAAAAGGGGCAAAGGAGCUGGAACGGGAGGGAGCUCGUGGUGAUUGACACACCUGCCAUCUUUGACCGAAAGGUGUGUGAUACAGUGACAUGUAGUGAGAUCAGUCACUGUGUCGCACUCUCUGCCCCAGGCCCCCACGCUCUGGUGCUGGUGACCCAGCUGGGCCGUUACACUGAUGAAGACAAGGAAGCCGUGAAGCGAGUCUGGGAGAUCUUUGGAGAUGGAGCCAUGAGGCACACGGUCGUCCUGUUCACCCGGAAAGAAGAUCUAGCGGUAGGCUCCCUGCACGACUAUGUGAGACACUCAGAUAACAAAGAUCUUCAGGCGCUGAUUCAGGCGUGCAGGAACCGCUACUGCGCUUUCAACAACAAAGCAACUGAGCAGACGGAGCAGGUUUCGGAGCUGGUGGAAGUGAUCCAGAGAAUGGUGCAGGAGAACGGGGGCUGGUAUUACACCAAUGAGAUGUACCUGGAGCCCCGUUUAACUGAGCAGAAAGUGAGAAGUUACAUUGGACUCAAUAAGAGAACCAGGCUGGGAACCGUGGAAGCUGUUUACAUCAAGUACAGGGGCUGUGGGGGUUCUUAUCGUCCUGCUUCUUCUGAUCUUCCUCCGACACUAACAGCCACUGACAGAGUCUCAGUGCAACCAAACCCAACAGCUUCCCAAACCUCGCACCUCAGCUUCUCAGCACCCGCACCCUCUCCACUGACGCCCGUUCAUACAAAGCACGAAUAA